UGCAGAUUCUUUCAUCAUUCAAAUAGAGAAGGAGUUUAUUUAAAGCCGUCAAACUGACGCCUACUCCGACGAAAAUGUCUACGGAGCGUGAGCUGGCUCCUGGUGGGCCAGCUCAGCUCCAUUCUCUACCUUCGUAUCCCGAUAUUGGUGCAACAAUUCAGAUAAACACGGCAGUCAGUAUAAUCAGCAAGGUUUAUGAAUCACAAUGGACCUCUUCGCCUCCGAGGCCUCAGAGCCCAUCCACCCAGCCGCAGACUAGCUUCGAUACACUUACAUCACCACCAGCACCAGGUUCAUCAGUGAAUCCCACUUCUGUAACCAGCCCCAGUGCCCAAAAUGUACCAGGUGUUGCUGCUGGAGCAGUGGCUUCUGCCUUGGGUGCCAGUGUUACUGCAACAACGCCAACACAACCAGAACUGCCAGUAUUUACAUGCCCACGUCGUCCGAAUUUGGGCCGUGAGGGGCGGCCCAUUGUGUUGCGGGCGAAUCAUUUUCAGGUGACAAUGCCUCGUGGAUACGUCCACCAUUAUGAUAUCAAUAUACAACCAGAUAAAUGUCCGCGUAAAGUUAACCGUGAAAUCAUAGAGACUAUGGUUCAUGCAUAUAGUAAGAUAUUUGGCGUGCUGAAACCGGUGUUUGAUGGUCGAAAUAAUCUGUACACACGUGACCCGUUGCCAAUAGGCAAUGAUCGGCUAGAAUUGGAAGUGACUCUGCCGGGAGAGGGUAAAGAUCGAAUAUUCCGCGUGACAAUCAAGUGGAUGGCACAGGUUUCGUUGUUUAAUUUGGAAGAAGCUCUAGAAGGAAGAACUCGUCAAAUACCGUAUGAUGCAAUUUUAGCUCUUGAUGUUGUUAUGCGCCACCUUCCAAGUAUGACUUAUACGCCGGUUGGAAGGAGUUUCUUUAGUUCUCCAGAUGGUUACUAUCAUCCGUUGGGUGGUGGUCGUGAAGUUUGGUUCGGUUUUCAUCAGAGUGUACGUCCAUCUCAGUGGAAAAUGAUGUUAAACAUUGAUGUUUCUGCAACGGCAUUCUACAAGGCACAACCAGUUAUUGAUUUCAUGUGUGAAGUGCUCGAUAUCAGAGACAUCAAUGAACAGCGCAAACCACUCACCGAUUCGCAGCGAGUCAAGUUCACUAAAGAAAUCAAAGGGCUCAAGAUUGAGAUCACCCAUUGUGGUCAAAUGAGGCGCAAAUAUCGCGUGUGCAACGUCACGCGACGACCAGCUCAAAUGCAAUCUUUUCCACUGCAACUUGAGAAUGGUCAAACUGUGGAAUGCACUGUUGCCAAAUACUUUUUAGAUAAGUACCGCAUGAAGCUUCGUUAUCCACAUUUGCCAUGUCUGCAAGUAGGACAAGAACACAAACAUACUUAUCUCCCGUUGGAGGUUUGUAACAUAGUUGCCGGCCAGCGAUGUAUUAAAAAACUCACGGAUAUGCAAACAUCGACAAUGAUUAAAGCCACCGCUCGUUCGGCACCAGAUCGUGAACGAGAGAUAAAUAAUUUAGUAAAGCGUGCUGAUUUUAACAAUGACUCAUAUGUGCAGGAAUUUGGCUUGACCAUUUCAAAUUCUAUGAUGGAAGUGCGUGGUCGUGUCCUUCCACCACCAAAAUUGCAAUAUGGUGGCCGUGUUUCGAGUAUGAGUGGACAACAACUUUUCCCUCCACAGAAUAAAGUGAGUUUGGCAUCACCCAAUCAAGGUGUAUGGGAUAUGCGUGGCAAGCAAUUCUUCACAGGUGUGGAAAUCCGUGUGUGGGCAAUUGCUUGUUUUGCUCCACAAAGAACAGUGCGAGAAGAUGCCUUGCGCAACUUUACUCAGCAACUUCAAAAGAUCUCGAAUGACGCUGGUAUGCCAAUAAUUGGACAACCAUGCUUUUGUAAAUACGCCACAGGGCCUGAUCAGGUCGAGCCAAUGUUUAAGUAUUUAAAAAAUUCUUUUAAUAAUCUACAAUUGGUUGUGGUUGUGUUGCCAGGAAAAACACCAGUUUAUGCUGAAGUUAAACGUGUUGGAGAUACAGUUCUUGGCAUGGCCACGCAGUGUGUACAGGCAAAGAACGUGAACAAAACUUCACCACAAACACUAUCUAAUUUGUGUUUGAAAAUCAAUGUUAAGCUGGGUGGAAUUAAUUCAAUUCUUGUCCCAUCGAUUAGACCGAAAGUUUUUAAUGAACCUGUUAUAUUCUUGGGCGCCGAUGUUACACACCCACCAGCCGGAGAUAAUAAAAAGCCAUCCAUUGCAGCUGUAGUAGGUUCCAUGGAUGCCCAUCCAUCACGUUAUGCAGCUACAGUGCGUGUCCAACAACACCGUCAAGAAAUUAUUCAAGAACUCAGCAGUAUGGUUCGUGAGCUAUUGAUAAUGUUUUACAAAUCCACCGGCGGCUACAAGCCACAUCGUAUUAUUUUAUAUCGUGAUGGUGUAUCAGAGGGACAAUUCCCACAUGUGCUACAACAUGAACUGACUGCAAUCCGUGAGGCUUGCAUUAAAUUGGAAGCUGAAUAUAGGCCUGGUAUAACAUUUAUUGUUGUCCAAAAGCGACAUCACACGAGGUUGUUUUGUGCUGAAAAGAAAGAACAAAGUGGAAAGUCAGGAAACAUUCCGGCCGGUACAACGGUUGAUGUUGGUAUUACACAUCCAACAGAAUUUGAUUUCUAUUUGUGCAGUCAUCAAGGAAUUCAGGGAACAAGUCGACCGUCGCACUAUCACGUCCUCUGGGAUGACAAUCAUUUCGAUUCAGAUGAACUCCAAUGCCUGACAUACCAACUAUGUCACACGUAUGUUAGAUGCACUCGUUCCGUAUCAAUUCCAGCACCAGCGUACUAUGCACAUUUGGUCGCUUUUAGAGCAAGAUACCAUUUGGUUGAAAAAGAACACGAUUCUGGCGAAGGAUCUCAUCAAAGUGGCUGUUCUGAAGAUCGUACACCUGGCGCUAUGGCGAGAGCGAUUACCGUUCAUGCUGACACCAAAAAAGUUAUGUACUUUGCUUAAAUACAUAAAACACAAAUUCAAAUCAGAAAAAAACACAUCAAUGCGGAGUAUAAAACGUCUAGAAAAAAAAAUGCUGAAUGUGAAACAAGUUUACAAAAAAAAAAAAAAAUGAUCUAUGAAUCAAUAUAUCUGAAUACUGAUAAUUUUAUUAUGGAAAGAAUCAACGAUUAUACUUUUUGGCAAAAUCAGUAAGUCGUAUAUUUCAUACCGGGAGCAAUAUAGAAGGGAAAAAAUUAAUCGUAAUUAAUAAUAAACAUAAUAGCUUUAAGUCGCUUCAUAAAUAUUAAUUUACGCGGCACCGAAUAAUUGUUUAUAUCAUAAUUUUUAACAUUUUUUUUUAUUUUGUUUUUACUCAAAAAGAUUCUUAAAAGCAAAUUUUAAACAAAAAAAAAAAACUGCUUGCAAGUUAUAUAUAUAGGGAAUCCAAAUCAGAAUACAAACAAAAAGUUAUGCAUCUUACUAGUUUAGUACCUGUCAGUUGGAUUAUUAAUUAUAUGUACAUAUAUUUAUAUGACUAUAAUUCCUUUUUUUUUUUCAAUUUAAUGUGUUUUAAGUAUUUUCUUUUUUAUAUAUUAUAUAAAUCUACCAAAGCCACAAGUCUCUUAAAACAAAAAAGUAAUUGGAAACUUAUAAAAAAAAUUCUUUAAAGUGCCACAUUUGCAAAACGGUUUUCUUAAAAAUAAGUAACGAGCAUUUACUAAGUAAGAAGGAGUAAGAAAAGAAAAAAAAGUCCAAAAACAUCUUUUAAAGUAAAAAAACUAAAACUAAAUCCAAUAAUUCUAUACUUGAAUAUCAAUUGAAUAGUCUUAAGUGAAAGAAUACGAAUGAAAAAGGUCAGGUGUACCCUCCCUUUUUAUUUCUGUUCUUUUUUUAUUGUGUAUUAAACGACAGCGCCCUUAAAUAUAGGUGGCAGCGCUACAAUAUAUAGAGAACAAUAUCAUAUUUUUUUGUUAUAUGGUAUCGUCUUUUAUUUCAAUGCAAGGGAUUUACAAACAAAUUAAACUUAUCAAAUCAUUAUUUAUAUUGUAAUAAAUUAUAUAUACAUAUAUGAUAUAUUUGAAGUGUAUUCUUUUUUUAUAGUUACAUUUUUUUUUUUUUAGUUGUCUAGGAAUGAUCGUUGUUUUUUUGUAUCAAAUCUUAUGAAUAAAAUUAUUUUAUUUGGCAAUUAUUAUUUUCAAAAACGAAAAAAAAAAACAAUUCUUUAAUCAAAAACCUAGAAGAGGUCUUCUUAUAAUGCAUUGUCAAUUUGGUGAAGGUUUUUUUGGCUUUAUUUUAUUUUUAGUCCUUAAUUUUAUUCUCCAACCAAGCAGCAUCCUAAUAAAUAAAUUCUCCAAAACAUAUUUUGUGAAUUAUUGGUUGUAUAUCUCAAGAAUGGUUUUAAUUGCCCCAAUACAAUUUGCUAACAAGCUGCUAGAUAAAGUUCCAAUUAAACUCUAUUUCUUCGACAAGCAUCAUUUUAUCAUUUUUUUUCUCCAAUCUCUGAUUGCUAUUUAAUAUAUAUUUCUCAGCAAACCCCCUUAAGUGUUACCACGGAAAUUAAAGGUGUAUAAAAAUGAGUUAUCUUGAAUUCUGCUACACCUAGCCCGAAUAUUGCCAUUUCUGUGCAUGUUUUGUGAUUAGCCGAACAAAUAAACAAACAUUAUUUCCAUAACAACCAAUAUUAUUUCCUCAAAAUGUUCAUAAUUUAUGAUAUUAAAAUAAGAACUAAACAUUAUUCUUAAUUAAUUUCAAAUUACAAGUUUUUUACUAAGAUUUUAUAACUUUCGAAAUAUUUUUAAUAUAGUUUAUCUGUUCAUUCGAUUGUUAUCUUGCAAAAAUAAACUCUUGAAUGCGAUAAACAGUAUUGUCAUAAUAUUCUUUAAAAUAUACCUAUUGACAAGACAAUGGCAAAUUCUUCAUCUGUUCACAUCUCAUAAAUUAUAUUUUUCUAUAUCUCAAGCCGAGGGAGUCAUAUAUGGAAUAAAAAAGUUGUUAAAUCUAAAAACAUAAUUUUUGUUUUGUUAUAGAUUAAGGUUUAUCGUUUCUAAAUGAUUUGUUCUAUUUAUCCACUCAUGCAAAACAACAUCAACGUAUUAAAGCUCAGAUUAAAUCAAAUAAAAACUAUAUAAAAUGUAUUCUCAUCCAUAAAACAAAAAUAAAUUUAAACAAGAAAAUGUUUAAAUGAUCUUCAAAAAAACAAAACGAAACAAAAUCAUUCUGUAUAUAAUUUUUUUUACAAAAAAUACUUUUAAAUGUACAAUUUGCAAUUGUGUCAACAAAAACAAAAAACACAAAAAUAUAAAAUAUGUAACUAUCAGAACAAAAUUCAACAACAUAAAAAAUUAUAACCACCAAUUGUUGUGCAUAUCGCGAACAAUAUGAAUAAUUUAUUUUGAAUAAUAAAAAAUAAAUAAAUCUAAAAAAAAAACUUUCAAUGCUAGCAUACAUCUCACAAGGGACAUCAAUAAGUAUUAGUUUUAAGUAAAUAAAAAAAGAAAAUCCCAAAAAAAAAAUGAAUAAAACUUUUAAAAAAAUAUUUAAAUGACUGCUGAAGAAGAGUAAAAACAAUUUACCGAAAAAACGACACCACUUACAAAAUAUCGAGGAAAAAAAUAGGUUUAACAAAAUUAAUUUUAAGUAAAACACAAAAAAAAAAAAGAAACAUUUUCAAAAUCACUACAACAAAAAACAAAAACUUAGCAAUGAACUUAAAUUCUUAAAGACAAAAUGUCCGACUUAUACAAUGGAAUGCGCAAAGUUAGUAUAAUUUUAGUUUUUAAUUAAAUUAAAAAACAAAAAUUUAUAUAAUGCAAAUUAGGUGAUUAAAUUAUAAUACAAAAAGAAACAGAUCUAUGCCUCAUAAAUAAGCUUAAAAGAAACACAUGAAGAUCAUAAAUAGAACGUAAGUAAAAUUUUUUGUGUAAUUAGAAAUUGUAAUCAUUAAUUUAGAAACUUGAAUUUUUUUUCAACAAACACACACAGAUUGUAAUAUAUAUUUUUAAAUGAAUUGAUUUUUAAAAACUCCAUAGAUAUUCGAAAAUAAAAAUACAAAACUGAACUGAAAUGAAAUGAACAAACAACUCAAUCCGAAAAUGCACUCCAGUUCUUUUUAAUCUUCUUAAAAAACUGUAUAAACAAAAAAUCAUUUAACCAAUAAACCUAGAAAAUACAUAUUUAUGUAUAUUCUUUAUAUAAAUAAAAUACAAACAUAUAUAUUGUAGAUUAAUUUUUUCAUUCAACAUUUUUUUAAUUGUCAAAUUGAACAAAAACAAAUAUAACAAAAAGCCAGCAAUACAAGUAGAGAGAAAAUUGUGAUUUCUAAAGGGUUUCUUAUAAAUUUAUUAAAAAAAGAAAAAAAAAAAUGAACAUGCAAGGUAUAACAUUUAAUUUCUAUACAUAAAAAUAAAAAUAUAUUUACUUAUUAAAAACACAUUAAUGUGGGAUAAUUUUUAUUAACUUUGUUGUUAUUUUAUCAAAACACAAUUUUAUUUUAUGCUUUUAUGGAAGUAUCAUAAUAUUUGGAAUUACUUUUUUUCCCUCGAUGAAUUCUCUUUUAAUGAAUGCCUUUUUAUAAAAAAAAAUUAUAAUUAUAAGUUUCCUUCUGGAGUUAGCACAGUAUGUCCGGAACUGGGGUGGCACGAAGUUGUGCCGCACAGAGGUUUCGCACAUGGGUAUGAAAAUGAUCCUUGAAAGUAUUCCUCGGAAUUUAUUGGUAUCGGCAAUAAAUAUUCUAGGGGAGUUUAGCUGUCAAUAAUUAAUACGCCUUCAAUUUCCCUGGGAAAUAAUUGCGAGGUACAUUCAAUAUUUCCAGAGAAACAAAAUUAUCCCGACGAUUCACGAUACGCCCCAUAUUUGUUCGCCAGAUAGGGAAUCCUGGGUAUUCUAGUAUUCUAUCGGCACAAUUACAUUGAACUUUGUAAAAAAAUAUGUAACAUAUUUUUAUUUUAUAAGAAUGUCAAGGACUUUAACAAGUGAAACAACUUUUUCAUACAAAUAUUGCAAGGUCUUUAACAUUUUCUGAUAAACCUGAUUUCUUCUUUGGCUCCAAUCAAUCGAGAUUCAAAGUUUAAAAUUUUGACAGAUGAUACAAAUCUAAAAAGUGUUCAUAGGUUUGUAUGUCCAAAGUUAAAUGAAAGCUUGAGCUCCUAUAUUCACUUUUCAUUUAUUUUCAAAGUUAAAUUGAAAAGAAAAAAAAAAGUAUCAAUUAAAUUACAAACAACACCUGCUUUGAUUUCACCUGGGCCCUUAUGGUUGUCUGAUGUUGAAGUAUAUAAAUUUAUCACCAUUAAAUUUAAAUUCUAAAAAGUCUUUUCAUCCAACUUUUCAGAAAAACCCGAAUUCUUCGCCAAAUGGGGCGAGGAUUGUUCAUCGAUUGCUAUCCAUCGAGUUAAAGUUGAACAAAUGCGCCAAUCGGAUCUGAGAUUGACAUAACAACAAGAAUUUGAUUAGUAAAAUUUGCUAUUUUUUCAAUAUUUAACAUACAUACAUAUGUAAUCGGCCAUAGCGAGGUAAUCCAUCGGAGCGGAAAUUCUCCGAUAUUUUACGAAAUAUGCUUCGAGGUGUGUUUCCGACAGGUAAAAACUGUCCGAUUCGCUAGGGCUGAAUAUACAUAUCUGUUUCUGGCAAAGUAACCGCACCAUAAGACGACGUAAGUUUAUUGGACAAAAUAUUAAAAAUAUUAAAAAAAGAAAAAUACAAAUAGUUCAUUAUGACUGGGAAAAAUUGUUAUUUUAAAAAAAUCUAUUUCUAAGAAACUUUGGUAAAAAAAACUUAAAAAAUUGAAAAAAAAAGGUGAAGUAGAAGAAAUCUACCAAUGAAAAUAAAAGCUACUCGACACAGAUCGAAUUGCUUUUAAGUGAUGAUCUACUGAAGAGUGUAUGAACUCUUCAAUUCUUAGUACCGUUCACGGAUAGGAAAAUAGACCGUUCAAUACAAAAGUGGAGGUGGCAGAGUAGCAGUCGUCUCUCUAGGUUAUAUUCAGCCCUAUCGUGAGUUUCACGUGAACAAGAUUCCACCCGAAAAAAAUUUAAUUUCACUUUUCACCUAUUGUGAGUUCCUCGCAAAAAGUUAUUCACGUUCUUUUUUCAUGCAAAUUUGCGAGGUAUUCGACAGCUCUUAUCUGUUAUCUCACCUAAAUGUUGGCGCCGAAUAGAAACUAGUUUAGUGGAAAACGUAAAUUCCCUUUGGGUGAAACUCCUGAUCGCUUUUAAAAUUCCGGGCGAAAAAAAAUAUUCCGGGUGGAAAACAUUCCACGUGAAACUCACGAUAAUAUGUAUAAUAUACCUAACGUACCAUAGAAAAAAAGUUGAAUUCAAUCGAUUAGUAACUUCUGCUUUUUUACAAAAUUACAAAAAAAAAGUGAUUCCAAAAUCUUCUUCCAUUAUUAUUUAUUUUUAUUUUGGUUACGUAUAUUGUUUUUUUUUGUCUACCAUUUUAUAAAAAAAAAAUAUCGUACAACUUUAAACUUGCUUACAAUUUAAAAAACUAAAUAUUGUGUAUAUGUAGGCUGUAAUAUAAAACAAUAUUCAGACAUUUCCUCAAAAAUAGAGGAAUUAAAUACUUAAAUAAAAAUAACACAGAUUAAAAGCCGGGAAUUUAUAUUAUAAUAAUGAGUAUUUAUAUAUAUUUAUAUAUUAAAUUAAAGGGUGAGUUUCUUUUUUUGUUUUUGUAAAAAAUAAAAAAAAAGAUUGUAUCCUUUUCUUUUUUCUUUUUGAAUUAGGGCAAUACAUAUAAUAACUUAGGUUUUAGUAAAUAAUGGGAAAACAACAUAAUGUAGUAAAAAAAAAAGCUUGUGACAAAAUGAUCCUUUAUUGUAAUUGUCAAAUGAUCCCUUUUUACAAUGUUCGUCAAUACUUUCAUCAAUAUAUUAAACAAUAAACAAAGAUCUUAAAACAAAAAUAUAAUAAUUGAAACAAUUUGAAUCACACUUUAAAACACAAUCACAACAACAAGAAAGCAAAUCGAAAAUACACCUCUCAUUUAUAUAGUUUUUAACUUAAAAAUAAAAACAAAAAUGUAAUAAAUAUAAUUCCGAAUCAUCUAAAUAAAAGUGAAACAUUUUUUUGGAACAAGAAUUUUAAA